GAUAUGUGUAGAUUAGUCUAAUGAGAGAAGAUAAAGAUAAAAUGAUCUUGCAAUAGCCCCAGUGAGAAAACUCCUAGGCCUUUUUCUUUGCCUCUUGUCCAAGACAAUCUCGCAAUCUUGAACCAGAUGAGAGCCUGAAGCAAGAAGAACUGGUGCAAGAUACCAAUGUUCAUCUUUCUUGCAGAAGAAGAUGGCGAAACUCGGAACCCUCCUUCUUGUGCUCUUGUUCUCGUUCACCUCCAGAGCAGAAAUUAUAUUCCAGCUGACGCAGGGCCAACAGCUGAGGGACUGGGAACACCUUCUUGCUCCAAAGGGUACGUUCAAACUAGGCUUCUUCAGCCCAGGCUCUUCGAGUUACCGAUACUUGGGAAUAUGGUACAGCAAACUACCGCAUAAUCCUGAAGCCGUCUGGGUGGCGAAUCCGAACAACCCUAUUUCCAAUUCGUCUGGAGUUCUGAACUUGGACAGUGAUGGACGAUUGAAGAUAACCGCAAAUGGUGGCCAGACGAUUGUGGUGAGUUCCAAUGAUCCGGUAACAAAUGAAGUGACGCUCACUUUGCUCGAUACCGGGAAUUUGCUAUUGAGGGAAGUGAAUUCUGAUGGAACAGUGGGAAGGGUUUUGUGGCAGAGUUUUGAUUAUCCAUCAAGCACUCUACUUCCAGGAAUGAAACUGGGUUUAGAUAUAAAAGCCAGGACUAACUGGACGCUCACCUCAUGGCUAAGCGACCGGGACCCAGCUCCAGGAGCUUUCCGUCUGGGCGUGGAUCCUGGAAGCGCCAACCAGCUAGUGAUUUGGCACCGCGAGGAGAUAUAUUGGACCAGCGGAGCAUGGGAAAAUGGAGGAUUUCAGAUGGCACCUGAGCUGACCCGAGAUAAGACUGCAUAUGAGUUCAGCUUCGUGUCCGAUGAAAACGAGAAGUACUUCACUUUCUCUUUGAAGAACAAUUCAACCAUCACAAGGUGGGAAAUUAAUCUAUGGGGGCAAAUAGUACAGUCUACUCUGGCCAAGGAUGGUACUACUUGGCUCUACUCAAGUACUAGUUCAUGCAACUCGAAUGGGAAUUACUCUGGUGCUGUGUGUGUAGAUCAACAGCCGUCGGCUUGUCGGAAUGGCUCGGAGCUGUUUGUGCCACAAAAAGGCUACUAUAAUAAAGGGGAAUUGCUCUAUUCUGACCAUAAUUCAAGCUUGACCCUGAGUGAUUGCCAUUCCAUGUGCUGGAACAAUUGCUCAUGCAUAGCUUUUGGGAGUCUUUUUACCGAUGGAACUGGAUGUGAGUUUUGGAACAAGGGAGGGACAUAUAUUCCCAAUGAUAACUUUGAUGUUCUCUAUGUGCUUACCUCGGCUGUCGACAAUGCUGAAGGAGGUCCAACAAGCAAAAAGAAAAACAGGUGGUGGGUAUGGUUAGUCAUAGCCACUGUCCUAGCUGCAGCUACGCUAAUAUUGGGUUAUCUUCUAUACUUAAGGAAGAGAAAGCUAAAGCUUCUGCAAAACGAUGAAGGGGUGGAAACAAAGCAGGACCAUGCAUUGCUGAACCAACAGAUGAUGCCUUCUAAUAAAUUCGGCAGCUCAAAUAGGCUGAAAAGGAGUAAAACGAAUCACAACGACUUUCAGCAGUAUAGCUUUUCUGAGGUAUAUGCUGCAACAGAUUACUUUGCACCUGCUAACAAGCUGGGAGAGGGAGGUUUUGGACCAGUUUACAAGGGUAUCCUGCCAGAUGGACGACAAAUUGCAGUGAAAAGGCUCUCAAGAAAUUCAGGACAAGGGCUGGAGGAGUUCAUGAAUGAAAUUACAUUGAUUGCUGGACUUCAACACACAAAUCUGGUUAAGCUACUCGGUUGCUGCAUACAAGGUGAAGAGAAGAUGCUGAUCUAUGAGUACAUGCCAAACAGAAGCUUGGACUCGUUUCUAUUUGAUCUAGCGAAAAGGAAAUUACUGGACUGGAAUAAGCGCCUGAAUAUAAUCGAAGGCGUCGCACAAGGGCUGCUAUAUCUCCAUAAAUAUUCAAGACUGAAGGUCAUACACAGAGAUUUAAAAGCCAGCAACAUAUUACUCGACGAUAAUAUGAACCCCAAGAUAUCAGAUUUCGGGAUGGCUAGGAUUUUUGGGCAGAAUGAAUCCAGAGCUAACACCAAUAGGGUAGUCGGAACAUAUGGUUACAUGUCUCCCGAGUAUGCCAUGAAAGGAAUAUUCUCCGUGAAGUCUGAUGUCUUUAGUUUCGGAGUUCUACUUCUGGAGAUUGUUACUGGCAGGAAAAAUACCGUUUUUGCAUCAUCCACUCCUGUUGGCCUCAUAGAACAGACAUGGGACCUAUGGAGUCAAGGUGACAUUUUGGAGUUGAUGGACCCAUCUCUCGGUUCCUUGUGCCCGAAGAAUGAACUAAUCAGAAUCAUCCAUGUUGGUCUUCUCUGUGUUCAAGAGGGUGCUGCAGAUAGACCGACAAUGUCAAAUGUUAUUUCGAUGAUUACAAAUGAUAGCGUCUUCCUACCAGAUCCAAAACAAGCAGCAUACUGCAUAGGCAAAAGUGAAUCUGGAGAAUCAUCCAGCGGGAAGUCGAAUCUUUAUUCCAUCAAUGAUGUAUCCAUAUCAAUAAUGGAAGCGAGAUAGAAAUAGUCCUUGAUACUUCAGAUUAGUAUUCUAACAGUUCCUUUCUUGAUGAAUAUUCUGUAUAGUAUGAAGCCUACCCAUAAUUCCCAUUUCCUGUGUCAGUUGAGGCUAUAUCAAAUGUGACUCCCUCUAAUUAUGACUAGGCGUAGGGAUUCAACUAUGCAGUAGUUAGUGAGUGUUUGUAAUUGAUAGUUGUUAACAGGAUCAUUAAGUUCUUCAUUAAGUGAUGCUUGGAAACACUGGUCAGGUCUCGGGAAGUAGAAAUACUGUCCAUUGAUCGCAGUAAUAAAUUGAGAAGUACACAAAUCAA